CUUAUAAUUAGCUUAAAUUAUAAACUUGUAUAAUUGGAGAGAGAAUAAUAAUUAUAGAAGCUUCAUGAUCACUACAUUACACUACUAGUUUCCAAAUUUAUUACCUUUUUGUUAAUUCUUCUCAAUAGGGAAAUGAAAAGAGAAAAAAAAAGAUUAGAAGAAAGAGAAUAAUGGAGAAAGCAUUAACAAAAGUUGGGAGCUUGAAAGUUGGGAGUAUUUGGAUCUCUAAGAAGACCAAAGAAGAAUUAUCUACCGUUACUUAUGAUCUCUCAUCGUCUAUUUCUAGUACAAUUGAAGGCAAAGCAAAGUGGGUAUUCAACAAGUUAAAGGGAAAGACGCAAAAACCCUUACCGGAUCUCCUUCGAGACUUCAACCUUCCGGCGGGACUCUUUCCUCAGAACAUCAUAUGCUACGAGUUUGAUGAAUCAAGAUCGAAGCUCAUCGUGUACAUGUCCUCUCCUUGUGAGGUAUGCUUUAAGGACUCGAACAUCGUGAGGUACGCUAACCGUGUUAAGGGCACGUUAUCGAAAGGAAAGCUUACGGGAGUUGAAGGUAUGAAGACCAAAGUGUUAGUGUGGGUUAAAGUGACUAGCAUCAAUGUUGAAAGUUCCAAGUCUGAUAAGGUUUUGUUUACUACUGCUGGUGUAAAGAAAUAUAGGCCUAAAGAUGCUUAUGAAUUUCCUCGUGAUGCUGUUAAAGUGGAAGAAUUUUGAUGCAUGUACUUUGUGUAUAUUAGCUCUUGUUACUAUGUUAGUCUUAUGUAUGUUAUUGUGUACCAAUUAAAAAUAUAUUGUAACUUAUAAAUGUAUGACAAAAUUACAUACAUGUCUCAUUCCUAUAUGUAUAAAAGAGAAGAAAUUAAACAAUAUGCAAGCUUGUACUAAUUUUUCUA